UCUCUCGGCCUCACCCCUGGGGAGAACGGCGGCAGGAACUCUCAGACAGCUGAGAAGACCCACACGCCUGCUCCAUUGUGAUGGGUGGGCUGCUUCUACGGCAACAGCGGGACUCCCCGGAGCCCGUCCCCGUAGAGGACCCGGACGAAGAGUGGCUCCCAGGUGUGGGUGGAGUGUACGAGGCCAUGGAGAGGUGACGGGCCGGACCCCAGCCACCCCUCCAUCCCUUUAGAGAAUGGCCAAAGGGAGGCGCUUCAACCCGCCUUUGGACCAGGACGGCAGAUGGUUCCCCCACAUUGGGUUGCCGCAGAAGACGCCGGAAUCCAUCACCAGGGCCACGCUGAAAGAGCCUCGCAGCCCGCGAGCCUCUCGGCAGGCGGAGGAGAAGCUGCCACCCAUCUACAAAAUCCGAGAGAAGCAAGCCGUCCACCACAGCUUCCCCUUCUCUGUCCAUGACAAUCGGCACAGCUUCGCUAACUCUGGAUUCUACCUUGACUCCGGCCUGGGACUCAGGAAGGUCUCCCCAGAAAAAAGGCAACACGCUUCAAAAAAUUUCAAUCUCUGGGCGUGUGACUAUGUUCCAUCUUGUCUCGAUGGCUUUUCAAGUUAUCAAAUAUCAUACGUCUAUCGUGAAGCUGUGGUGGUCCCGAUUUUCAGACGCUUUCCGAGACAUUACGAUGAGAUAUGGAGCUCCUUCAGGUUUAUUCCCGAGCGAAGCUACGCAGAGUUUUUGAAGAAGAAUCCAAAAGUAAGGUUCGCUGUUGACAAAAAGGCUGAUUCUUCACUGCAGCCCUAACCCUUCCAGAAGAUCCGCGAUGCGUUUUGUAGCACUGGUGCAUGAUGGGACAGUCCGACCCAGCACUCCCAGUUGCCGUAAGGUUCGUUUAGGGUUGGAUUUUGCACUCGUCUGGACGCCAAGGCCAGGUUUCGUCGUGAGAAUGUGGGAGAGCCAGAAAGCCAACAGGUUACGGCACCACGCCCGACCUUUAGAAGAUAUUUUUUUAUUAUUUUUAAUUAGGUUGAAAAAAUAUUCAAGUCCUCAUAAAAUAAAAAAAGUAUGUGGUUGCAUU